GUUCAAAGUUCAUACAGGUUUGUCUAUGAUACUGAAUUAGGGAGACAUUGUUUGUUGUAAUGGUUCAGAUGACACUAGUUUCAAAGACAUCAUUUUUAAAGGCAUCAUCCAAACACUACCAAAAAAUUAACAUACAAAAAGAACUAAAAUGGUAAAAAGGAAAAGAAAAUACACACAGACCCACAUAUAUAUUCACACCCUUCCUCAAAGGCUCAAACUCAUGGUCUAUGAAGCCUGAAUGUUCGCUGACAAGGACAUGAAAUUAUGUAACAAUGCACUUUGGUGAACUUUCAGUCAUCACACCAUACGUUUGAGGGUGGGUGUUAAUUUAUAUAAAACUAUGUAUCUAUUUACAUUAAUAUGUGAGUGAUUGUGUGUGCACUCUAUGGGUUUAUUGGUAUAUAGUAUAUACAUAAAUGCGUGUAAUAAUAUUUCUUAGUCCCUUACCUGUUUCCUAUGAUUGUUCCAAGUGCCUUUGAGCAUUUCUCUUGUUGAGCCUCAGUGCUUUGGGUCAGUUAUGUUAUAUUGUACUGUAUAGUUCUUGGUUUUUUGGUUUAUACAUUUCAGGGUGGUGUUCUUUUUCAAUGUGUCUUCAUGCUCAUAUAGUUAUAGUUCCUGUUACAAUUCAUAUACGACUAUGAUGGAAAAACUGUGAUUAUGUUGAUGAUUUAUAUUCAUUAUUCUGUCUUUCUCUUUUAAUUAGGUUCGUAUUUAGGUUUUCCUUUAGGAUUUUAGUUCUAAAAAUUAGGCUUAGAAAUUUAGCAUAUGACAUUUUGGAAAUUCUAAUAUUUUUUUUGCUCUACAAUAGUGAAACUCAUUGUUUAUUUGCUUGCAAGUUUUCCUUUUCUUUAUGAUAUAUAACUUUUAAACUUUAAUUAUGUCAUCACACUUUUUUAUUUGUUUUAUUGUUAUCAGUUGAUGAUUAUUGGUUUUCAUUGAGGGUCGCUUCAGCUUUAUACUUAAUUUUAAGAAUUAGUAUUGUAUUUGACUUUUCCCUUUUUGGGAAAACUGCUGAGCGUGCCUAGUCCUGCCUAAUACGACCUAGGCUUUAGGAUCAUCUAACUACCUAGGUUGCACCUAAUGCUUUUGACAGAAUAUCCAAUAACAUAACAUAUUAAUUAUUAUAUUUCAGUAUUAGCAGUGGAGCUCUAAAGUUUGUGAAAAUGGUGAAAGUAGAAGAGUUAAUCCUUUUUAGUACUAAUCGUAUCCUGUGGGAAUAUGCUUUCAGGAAAAUUUGCUUGCAAGAAGCCAUCUUGUCCCUGUAGCAGUUCUUUUUUCUGGUGGAUUGGACUCCAUGAUAUUGGCAGCUCUACUGGACCAAUGUUUGGAACCAUCUUAUGAAAUUGAUUUGCUAAAUGUGAGCUUUGAUGGUCACUCUGCACCGGAUAGAGUCUCUGCAAGGGAAGGCAUCAGGGAACUUCAAAGAAUCGCUCCUUGCAGGAGGAUGCGGGUGCGGCCUGAAUUCGCAACCAGCUGCAGUUAAGGAAACACCUCCAUAAAUUGUGUACUCGCUCCAAAAUUAUUCAAUUUCUGUGGGACUAGGAUGUUCAUGGACUAUGGAGAUGCUAUUGGCAGCACUUCAGAGACGGGGCCGUGAUGUCGUGGGAAGCAAGAAAGUUCAACUUGAGCUAUGUGGAGAUGAUGCAUAUGUUAAAGAAGGAGCCAGCAAGGAAAUUGCAACGCUACUCUCCAUUGGCAUAAGCAGAUUAGAUUGUGGAUAUAAUAUUGGUGUAACUCACGCAUUGCCUUCUGCAAAAAUGCAUUUUAUGGUGCUACAUUGCAACUUAGGGAUACCAAUCCAGUGCAUCAACCACUGACAAAUGAUUUUGGAAAUAUCCUUGUUUACAAUGAGAUGCUGUUCAUGUUCUUGCCAUGUAAGUCAUAGGGUCUGUUGUUGUAAUGACAAAGAAGGCCAUACAUUGUUCCACAGAUAUUUUCGACAAUCAGAGGACCAUGGGCUUUAGCACAUUGGCAGGUGGAAUCAAGAACGUUGUAGUAUGGUCAGGAUGUAUUUGGUUGCAAAGUCUUCUCAUUCAUUGGCCCAAUACAGAGGACUCGCGAUUUAUGCUCUCUUCCGUUGCACCACCACUAGUUCUACAAUUUAAUGAUCAAAUUGAUCAAAGUGGUACUGAGUUUCAGGAUUGCAAUGUACCACUUGGCGAUGUCAAGGUUCAUUCCAUCCCAGGACAAAAUCUAUUAGAUGCUUCUAGUUACUGCGAAUUGCAUGGCGAAGCAGAUUGCUGUAAUAAGUUUGAUUCUGAUAUCGACUGCAUAGACCAACCAAAAGCAGUUUCACUUCAUAAUGGUGUGCUUCUUUUCCUAUCUUCCAGUUCAUUUUUCCUAUUUGAGGAAAAAAUACCAGAAAUGCUUGUUUUGCUCCUGAUGCUUCUCUUGCACUUGCAGUUUCGUUGUCAGCAAAAUAUUUGCUUAAUGCACUCAAAGAAUCUGUAUCAAGACGUACUUCUAAAGAUUACAUAUAUCAGAUGGCGCUUUGUGGAAAUUGAUGCUGAUCUGUCAAAGCUGGAUUCAGAGUCAAAGCAUGUUAUGUCACUGAUUAGUCCAGCAAAUACAUACAUG